AUGCCCCUAGACCCUCUAUGGUUUAUAAUAUUGUCUUUCAGUCCAAAAAAGAAGUGCAAGUUAGAAAAUGUUGAUUAUUUACAUCUGGAAGGUGUUCCAGAGAGUUAUCAUGACAGUGUUGAGUUACACAUAGAGACUAUAGCCGUAACAAGUAUACCAAGAAACAAAGCGUCACUAGCACGACCAGUAGUGCCACCCAUAUCUGUGGCUACCACAUAUGAAAUAGACAAAUGUGAGGAUUUUGCCGAAGCAAUCAAGAAUGAGUAUGUGUACAGUCGUUUUGGUAACCAUACAUGUCAGGUGGUUGCCGAGGUAAUCAACAAGUUAGAAGGUGGUAUUGGUGGUUUAGUGUUUUCCAGUGGAAUGGCCGCCAUCACAACAUCAUUAUUGGCUAAUUUAGAUGCAGGUGAUCAUUUGAUAGCACCAGAUCCUGUCUACAGUGGUACACAUAAGUACUUGGAACAAAUGCUGCCACAUCAUGGAGUUGAAAUAUCAUGGGUGACAGCAGGAUGUCAUGUUGAUGAAUAUAGAAAACUUGUCAAGAAAAACACAAAGGUGUUGUAUGCAGAAACGCCUGCUAAUCCAACAAUGGCAGUAACAGACAUGGAAGAAUUUGGUCGCCUUGGUAACAGUCUUCCUGGUGUUAUGACUAUGGUAGAUGCUACGUUUGCUAGUCCCUAUUUAUUACAACCAUUGAAAUAUGAUGUAGAUAUCUCUAUACAUAGCUGUACCAAAUAUUUGGGAGGGCACAGUGAUGUAUUAGCUGGAUUUGUUUCUACUCGACGACUUGAACUUUUUGAAAAGCUGAGUUCAUACCAGAAGAGCAUGGGCAGUACACUGUCACCAUUUGAUGCGUAUUUGUUAUUACGAGGUGUACGUACAUUGCAUGUACGCAUGGAUAGACAUAGCUCCAAUGCUUUAAGAAUAGCACAGUAUUUAGAACAACAUCCCAAGAUUUUAAAGGUUUACUAUCCUGGUUUGCCGUCGCAUCCCCAACAUGAGAUCGCAAAGAAACAAAUGAAAUUGUUUGGUGGAAUGGUUAGUUUUGAGCUGAAGGGAGGAUUGCAAGCCGGCAAGACAUUUGUAGAGAGUUUACGAAUCCCACAUUUAGCUGUGUCGUUGGGUGGUGUGGAAAGUCUAAUAGAACAUCCUGCUAGCAUGACACAUGGCAAAGCACUUUUAGGUGAAGAAGCAUUUAAACAAAGUACAGUUCCAUUGGGACUUGUACGAUUCAG